AGGAGCGAGACGAAUGCAUAUUUAAAGAAAAGAAACCGUAAUGAGCAGGAAAGGAGAUGAGAGGAGGAGAGACGUACUGGUAUCCCUCUACAAGUAUCUGUGAGAGUUCGGUCUCUUGUUAUAAGUGCGCCGGUUCUACGUAGAUAGCUUAAAAACGAGCCCGUGUAUUUAGAACCCUGGAGACGGUGGUCCGCCGCCCUGGAGACGGUUAACGCGCUGGGUUGUAAGUCGUCAACAAAGUAACGCUAGAAAUGCUUUCAACGUUACUUGGCGUGCUGGUGCUGCUGUCAUGCGACUUCUCUCUGGGCUCCCCGGUCCCCGUAGAUACCACCAUAGUGCAGGUCCAGCAGUGGAGAGUGGUGGGUGCUCAGCAGGUCGUGGAGCAGGUCCUCCUCAAUGGGGUCUCUCUUACUGGCAAAAGCCAGGAAGUUGACAGCAUCAUCCAAACCAUGUCAGCGGAUCCAUUUCUUCCAACUCUUAUCAGUUUCACUCAGACUUCAGUCAUGAGAAACAACACUGUCCUUCGUUCUCGUGAAUGCAUACGGGAGGGGAUUCAGCUGCACUGGGCCGACCGCGUGUUCUUAGACGGCAAGGUCUAUCUGACUCUGGACCACACCGGCACGUGGACAGCCCACGGACCAGAAGCGCUGUCUUUCAAAGCGGUGUGGGACCGGGAGGAGCAGCGCACACAGACGGAGAGGACCCACCUCCAGGAGGGUUGCAUCAAGCUGAUGAGGGAACUGAUGCUUUCAGAGGAGCUGUCGGUUCCAGGGAUUUCUGUGUCUCCGUUUCUGAUGCCAAUCCUGGCGCUCUUGGCAUUUACAGGACUCAUCAUAAUCAGCCUCUUCCUCGCCAAAAAGCAGGGUUUCAGGCACCCUGGAGGCGUUAUUGGCUCAAUUAUACAUUACCCUAAAGACAUGACUGAAACGGCUGCAGACGUAAAGGGCAGCGGUUACAGGAGCUUGUAGUUCAAAGCUGUGGAACGUUUGAGCUUUUUACUCCCCACUUCCUCCUAUUAUGGACAGCUAUGAAUGUAUCGUUGUAUGUAAUGUAACCACACUUUUGCUACAGCACCAACACCCACCGUAUGUAACAUGUGUGGUCUGGAUUCCACACUGCAUUAUUGUAUGCACUUUAAUGCAUGGAUCACAUGUUGCAUCUACUUUUUAAUUGAAUACGCACCAAGAAAUGUAAACAUGUUCACUGCCUGCAGCAAUGUACAAGCUUCUUUUUGCACAAGUAAUAAAUUUAAGCAGACGGAUCAUAUUUUCUCGACUAAGCUAUUCAAUUCAACAACGUAUUUGGAAAUUAAUACAAUGACAACUUUCUAUUUCAAGCGUGUAGAGUAUCUAAUGCACGUUAGACAAUUGUCUCCCAGUCUGCUGAAAUCAAGUGCUAUGUUAUGCUACUGAUGGACCAAUGACGCUGAACUCUGCUAAACACUGAAUGGACCACUGUAAGUGGGUCCAGUUAUCCAAAGAGUUGGACCACACUGUUGUGGUUUUGGUUCGAGACGCCAUCCUUAUGGUUCACAUAUUUUUUUUGUGAUACUGUCUCCAGUGUGUUUGCUCAUGUGACAUUUUAAGACAAUGUUUGAUUAAAGAUACUUUUAUGGUAAAUAAAUAAUAGACUAUCAACACAAACUCUGAGUGUAAAUUAUUUUAAAAUGUGUUUUAUAUUGUGACGACAACAUAAACAUUGGACCAGAUAUGUGUAUAUACACAAGUGGUCCUUAUGACUUAUAGCAAUGGGAAAAGAGUAGUAUAUUUCCUUUCCACCUCAUCAAUGAUUUAAAAAAUGACUCAAGUUUGUGUAAUAGUUUAGAGAUUGUUUGUUUAACAUUUGGUAUUCAUUUCCAUUAUUGUUCUAAGUCUACAGAAAAAACUAUUCUAGAUAAAAGCAACAGUCCUUUUUCUUUUCUUUUUUUUUUUCCACAAUCAGUGCUUUCAAUCUAAUUUUAUUUUCAGCAAUUUAUGAUUCUUUGUUUUAACAUGGUUGUUUAUUCACACAGUACUCAGUCAAUAUGUCAGUGUUUAU